AUGAGUAAAGCAAACUUACUCCACACUGACAAUAACAUGAAAAUCACCUUAUUCUCUGAAGUGAGUGUUGGGAUCUCAGCUAACAGCAUCCUUUUUGUUGUCCACCUCUGCAAGCUCCUUCAUGAGAACAAGCCCAAACCCAUUGAUCUCUACAUUGCUUUCUUUUCCAUAACCCAACUAAUGCUGCUUAUAACUAUGGGACUCAUAGCUGUGGACAUGUUUAUGCCUUGGGGGAGAUGGGAUUCUACCACAUGCCAAUCCCUUAUCUAUUUGCACAGGCUUCUGAGGGGACUCACCUUUUGUGCAACCUGUCUGCUGAAUGUCCUUUGGACCAUCACUCUUAGUCCUAGAAGCUCAUGUUUAACAAAGUUUAAACAUAAAUCUCCCCAUCACAUCUCAGGUGCCUUUCUUUUCUUCUGUGUUCUCUAUAUGUCUUUUAGCAGUCACCUAUUAGUAUCAAUUAUUGCUACCUUCAAUUCAACCUCAGAUAAUUUUCUGUAUGUUACUCAGUCCUGUUCAAUUCUACCUGUGAGUUACUCUAGAACAAGCAUACUUUCCACAAUGAUGACCAUGAGGGAAGCCUUUCUCAUCGGACUCAUGGCCCUGUCCAGUGGGUACGUGGUAGUUCUCCUAUGGAGGCACAAGAAGCAGGCCCGUCAUCUUCACAGCACCAGCCUUUCUUCAAAAGCAUCCCCAGAGCAAAGGGCCACCAGUACCAUCAUGCUACUCAUGGGCUUCUUUGUGGUUCUCUACAUUUUGGACACAGUUAUUUUCCAAGCAAGGCUGAAGUUCAAGGAUGUCUCAACAUUCUUCUGUGUCAAAAUUAUUAUUUCCCAUAGCUAUGCCACAUUCAGCCCUUUUGUGUUUAUUUGCAAUGACAAGUAUAUGAUUAAGUUUGUCACAUCAAUGUGUGGCAGAAUAGUAAAUGUUUGA